UUCCUCAUGAAUAAGACAAACCGUAUCUAAUACAAUUUUUCUGUCAAAGGGCGAGGAUUGCGUCUUUAAAGUGUGACGAACUGUGCUUCUCAUUCAAUUAAAAUGUCUUACAUCCCAGGACAGCCAGUCACUGCUGUUGUGCAACGCAUUGAAAUCCACAAGCUACGUCAAGGUGACAACUUGAUCCUUGGAUUCAGCAUAGGAGGAGGAAUAGACCAAGACCCAGGACAGAACCCCUUCUCUGAGGACAAGACAGACAAGGGCAUCUAUGUUACAAGGGUGACCAAAGGAGGACCAGCAGAGGUUGCAGGCCUGAUGAUGGGAGACAAAAUAAUGCAGGUGAAUGGCUGGGAUAUGACCAUGGUGACUCAUGACCAGGCGAGGAAGAGGCUCACCAAGAAGAACGAGGAUGUGGUGCGGCUCCUGGUGACCAGAAAGUCCCUGGAGGAGGCCGUCAGGCAGUCCAUGAUGCAGUAACCCAGUACUCCAGACUAAAAAGUGAACAGAGACCUAAAGUAGGAAUCCAAAGAUUCAUUCCAUGGCAGCCAGCACAUUCACACUGAUUUCACUGCUCCUGCUGUCUGCCCUCUACACCAGCAUACCUUAUCAAGUUGAGUGAAUGUUCGCUUUUAACAGAGUGUUAAGUGACACUACAAGCGGCAUUUACUUUACUCAGCCUGUUGUCAGUAACACGACAUUUAUCAAUGGCUUAUAGAGCCUCUAGUUUGAGUAUGGUUUGGUGUAUCCAUAGACUACAGGAGCACUUAACUCAGGCUGCUGUACUCGAUUUAAAAAUUACAUACAUGAAUGUUAAAUCAGGCUUCCUUAUUUAAAUAUAAGGAUGGUUGUUCGGUGGUUAAUUCAGAAUUGAGUGUCAAAUAUACGUCAAAUGUAAUUUGAUGCUAGCAUUUGAAGUCCAAAUACAUAUACUAGUACAUAUGUUUUUGAAAGUUAUCCUUGUUCUUCGAACUGUAGAUUCCAUUGAGUAAUUCUUACACAGAUAUGUGUCCACAUGCAUAUGGUCUGUAAAGUGGAAAGUAAAUUAGCUAAUAUUACAAUAGUAUUAACAGAGGCAGCAGUGCUUGGCAUAAACACAGGUGGGUUCUAUCUUUGGAUUCCCACGGGAGUUUUAUUCGUAUUGAUUUCUUUCUUUGAAUUUAAUAUGUGCCACAAGCAAUAAGAUAUUCAGUGCUUUACACUGCUACAAGAUUGAUGACUGAUUUAUGGGUACUUUUUCCUCUGGUUUAAGGGACUUUUGCAUUUAAUUUUUAUAUACAUACACCAAAGAAACAUGAAAAUCAAAUAUGAAUGCAAUGUUUCAUUUUGUAUUGUGUAUGUUUUGCACUUGUGCAUCUUAAAAAGCCUUAGCCAAAAUUCUAAUGUUGGGUGAAAGGAAGAGAAAGCUGGCUGCAAAGUAGCAAAUUAUAAGAAUGUGGUCAUAGCAAAAAAAAAAAAAAAAAACAAUUCCAUGGCUGAGUCUUGUGACUCAACACUCCUAACAGUUCCAUUCAGGGUUCUGAUUCACACUAUGCAGCCAUGUGGUGCAUUCUGGGAUCCCUAUGUGGCACCUGUGGAAUUUACUAUGUUGAAUCCACUAAAUAAGAUGAUUGUACAAGUGCCUUUUGUUUCAGUUUGAUGUGAUGUUAAGCACAGAUGCUGGCUCACUAGUAUGGUUGAACAUCUUGUUGUUUUACCGGGAACAACAAAUGUAUUUUGUCUUGAGUUGUACACUGGAAUAAUUUGGAACAAGGUUGACUGAUCCAUAGAAUAAAAUUCCUUUUUGAUACUUGUUAGCCUUAAAAUGACACUAAUGAUUAUGCCACUAACUGUUAUAAUGGCUGUUUCCUUUGCUGUUCCAAUUCCUGUUAAAACGUUCUUACAUUUGUUAGAGAGCCCUUCUUCAGCUGUUCUGUCAUAGAACAUACGAUAGUUUCAUUAAUUUCCCCCCAAAUACAUUCAUUUGUUUAAAACCCAUAUUUAUUUGUAAGUUGUGGUAAUGUAACACUCAGUGCCUAAUAUACAGUAUAUUCUACCUGUUUCAGUAAUUUCUUUGUGCUUUUUCAACAGUUUCCAGCAACGGUUAAGCAAUAGUGGUUAAGACUUAAUACUGAGAAAUAGUUUAGUGUGUUUUUACGGCUGAGAGACCAGUUGCAAGAAUCCUAUUUGAAAAGUACCUUAAUACAAUUCAAAUGAACCCACUACAGUAAAGAAUAAGCAUAAUAUCUGUGUGAACUCUGUAUCAAAUGUUUUUGCUUGCUGUAUACUCCACUACUUAUUUUUAUAUUAGGUCUGAAUUUAUAUUCAUUUUUGAAAGUGAGCAAUAAUGAGCAAUUUUUAUAACACUAGCAAGUAGAUUUUAUAUCUUUA